CUGGGAUUAGAGAGUGGGUGGAACCCAGAGCAGCAGCAUACUUUUAGAUAGAGCAGAGUACGUGAAGAUAUGCAAAUACUCGGGGCACGGAAAGCUGAGCGGCUGAGGUGCUGAGUCAUUGGAGGCAGCGCACUGAGAGAAUGACAGAUGGGUUCUCAAUUUGAAAAUGAGAACUUGAGUGAAGAUUUGAGGAAGCAAAUCUCUGGUCUACAUCCAGAUUUCCAGAGAAACUUCGUAACCAAAGGCUAACCGUCCAGGGGGACAGCCACCCACAAGUUCUGUCCUUCCACUGAGUAACAAACCCAGAAGUUCUCGUUCUACUCAGGAUUGACCGAGAAGUCAUGAAACCCCUGACUGAGGGAAACUUCGAAGACUGCCUACUGAAAAAGGUGGACUUGAGGCGCGAGCUGAUUUCCCAAACUGUGGAGGAGGUACAGAAAGUUGUCCACCAUUUGACCACAGAAAUCAGUCACCAAGACGUUCGAUUUCAAGCUGUCCCUUACUCUGACACAUACAAUGGGAACAUUAAGGUUUUGGCCCCCUGCCAGUUCCUCGUCACAGUCCCGACGAAAGGCCUGGCUGGGUACAGGGACGCCAGGGAGCAGUGCUGGCGGUACUACAGCCUGCAGGGUGCCCGGCUGCCCUCCCCCGUGCGGGAACCGGAGGCCCUGCAGCAGUGGCUGGAGGUGGAGCAGUUUACGAAGAGACUGUGGCAGUGGCAUGAGGCGGAUGUGAACAUCGAGGGGGACAUUGUGCCUGCUAAGGUCCUCCAGGUGUUCCGGAAGCUGAUGGGAAACGCAAUCCGAGCCUGUCACCUCUCAGGUAAGGUCAGCAUGCUAGAGAGCUACAGCUCUGUGGUUUGGGUUGCCAUGGAGACAUCUGCAUGUCAGGUGGAACUCGAGCUGGUCCCCACCGUGGAGAUCCCCACCACCUGGCCCGAGAAAGCCCAGUGGCCUCGAUGUCUGAAGCGCUGGCCUUCCCCAAACAAAGUGGAGUGCAUCAAGUCAUUUGGGUUUCAGUUAUUGGCCCGUUCAAAUUAUCACUGGCAGCUAAGCUUCUGCCAAGCUGAACAGGUGCUGCUGGAGGAGCUGGACGAGGAUGGGGGCUGCCGCAGGAAGUGUUUCCAGGUCAUGAGGCAGAUGAAGGAGGAUGUCUGGUGUCCGGGGAAGAGGCCGGUUAUCACAUCCCACCAUCUGCAGAUGGUACUCUUCUGGACUUGUGAGAAAUAUCCCUACUCCAAAGACUGGCAGAUCUUCAACAAAUCCUUCCUGCGCCUGGUGCAGAAACUGCACAAGUGUGUGAGCCAGCAUUUUCUGAAACACUAUUUCGUCCGAAAGAGCAACCUCCUUCAGUAUGCCAACUCAGGUGAACUGGAUGCCGUGGCCCAAAAACUCGCUUUCUUCCUAAAGCGCCCCCAGAUCAGCCACUCUGAGGGACCCCCUGCCCAGGAGGCUCUCGGACACCUCCUUUUGGCUUGACUGCUUUCUCUGCGGAUUGUUCCUCUGCUGGAUGUCAGGACCCCAACCAGGAGAGAAGCAAAAUAUGGCAGAGGAAAUUAUAUUGAACCAGUAGCGCUUGGGGGAGCGGGGGUGGACGGACAUGUCCCAAAAUGUCUGACCCAAGCCUACUCAGAGCCAAUCGAGUAUUUCAGUCCUACCUACCUCUCUUGGGGAUGGCUCUUGUCAUGCUUCCCCAAGCCACGGAUUCUGAACUGAUGACAGUUCUGAGUUUAUUUUCCCUUGCUCAGGCUCUGAUUGUCUGACAGGGAGGAUGGAGACAAGAACCCCUGGAGGGCCAGGUGUCAGCCUGCUGCCCAGCACUGGUUCUCCAGCCCACUGACCAUGGACUGGUUAAUUUUCCAUUUGUAAAAUGGGACUGAUAACAUGCUUCCCUCAGAGCAGGGCUGUCUGUGGGGCUGGUGCCCUUUCAAGGCAAAGGCACUGAUCAACAUAGAGUGUUAUUUGUUGGUUCAGUAGCUGGUCUUUGCAUGCUGGAUCAGUAGCUACAUCACUGAUUAAAUGAUUGCGUCUCACGAGUUGGCAUGCAUGUGUUUUACUUGCUGUCCUCCCUGUUCUCCUAAAUGGUUGUUCUUGGUUCAUUCUGCUUUCCUGGUGUUCUCAAAAUAGGAAAACAGGGAUGGAGUGAUGUCAAUGGCUAGUGUAAUUUAAAGAUGGAAGUGCAGCUCUGCCUGCCAGCCUGGUCCCAGCCACAGUCCUCUCUGCCUCCCAGGCUGUGGUGCAGAGAUGCAACUUCCUUGUGUUUAUGGAAUGGAUCGAUGCUGGGAUCUGCAUGGGAUGGCUUUGGUGUCAGCUUGCUCAGUCCAUUUCUUUGCUCACUUCAUUCACUCACUUAUUGGUAAACAUAUACCCGUUAGGCACUGGGAAUACAGCAGCGAGCAAGAUGGACAAGGACCUCCCUGAUGGGGAUGACACCUCACAGUGGAGACAGACAGGAAAUGAGUAGCAGAUUGAUAAACACAAUUGUUGCAGACUGUAGAAGGAAAUAAACAGAAUGCUGAAAUG